AUGUCCUCCAAAACUUUCAACGUUGGUGUCGUCGGCUACGGCUUCAGUGCCAAAACUUUCCACAUUCCCUUCAUCCAGGACGUCGCGCAAUUCAAACUGUACGCUGUCGUUCAGCGAACUCCGAAGCCCGAUGACGACGCCGAGAAGGACCACCCUGGAAUCAAGUCCUACCGCAGCGCCGAAGAGCUUGUUCAGGAUGCGGGGGUCGACGUAGUCAUCAUCACCACCGCGCCGGAUUCACAUUUCUACCUGGCCAAGCUUGCGCUUGAGGCUGGGAAGCAUGUUGUCUGCGAGAAGCCAUUUACACCCACAUACAAGGAGGCCGAGGAGCUGGUCGCAAUCGCAAAGAAGGCGAACAAGGAUCUUGCCGUUUACCAGAACCGCCGCUGGGACGCCGACUUUGUCACCCUCAGCAAACUCGUCAAAACCGGCGCUCUCGGCCGCGUCGUCGAAUUCGAAACACACUUUGACCGCCACCGCCCGCAAGAGCCUGCCCCCUCCGUCUCAAAGUGGAAGAACAAGGUUGUCCCCGGCGGAAGCGCGAUUCACGAUCUCGGCUCCCACUUGCUCGACCAGGCCGUGUAUCUUCUCGGCAAGCCGGACCGUGUGACAGGAUUCGUGGGGUCACAGCGUGAAGUCAAUACAUCUGGAUACGAGGAUUCGUUUACGGUGCUCCUGCACUAUAAGAAUGGGCCGCUGGUUACGGCCAAGGCUGGUGUUGUGAGUGUCGAGGAGGAGCAGCUACGAUUCUGGGUUAGGGGUGAAAAGGGCACUUUCAAGAAGUUCCACCUCGACUGCCAGGAAGAUCAGCUCAAGGCUGGUGUGCGGCCCAGUGACAGUGGCUAUGGCCGCGAGCCACAGGAGCGAUAUGGCACCCUCACAACUAUUAAAGACGGCAAGCCCGUCCGCGAGGUUACUCCCACAGUUGAACCGCCAACGUGGUCUGAAUACUAUAGAAAGAUGGCCCGCGCUCUAUCCGGCGAGGGAGAGCUCCCUGCCAGCGGUGCGGAGGCAGCAGAGGUUAUCCGUCUGAUCGAGUUGGCGCAGGAGUCCUCCAAGCAGGGCAAGACGCUGGAUUUCUAA